AUGGGGUUCAUUGCUGAGGCGUCAGCGAGCAUCCUAGGUAGGCUCUGCGUGAGGCUUAGGGCCCUGGAGGACUUCUUGGAGUUACUCCAGCACCCAUCAUGCAAGGUGGUGCUGGGGAUUGCCCUCCUUCUUGGAGGUGGAGGACUUGUGCUAUGGUCUCAGUGGAGAAAAAAGAAGGCAGGCUUAGAGGGCACAGGAGAUAAGUCUCCGGAGUCCAUCCGAGCAAAUAACAGCUGGAUCAAAUCUCACUUUAGCCGACUCUCGGAAGAGAGGUUGCCCACCUACCGCUGUGUCAAUGCCAGUGCCCACCAACCUGCAAGGCCAGGAGAGAACAGCACCACUAUCCACAAGGAGACCCUCACCUCCACACAUGGAGAAGGGGGAGUGACUCUGCGCAGAGAUUCCUUUGCCAGCAAACAGAAGGUAUCUGGGGCUUCAGUGAUCAAAGAGACCCAGAGGGAGUCAGAAAAGUCCUCAUGCAUGGAGGAUGAGACAUGGGCUGCGGUGGCUGCCUGCACCAAGGAGAUCGAUGCCAAAGGGCGUCAUGUGGCUAACUCCAUUCUGCAACGCUCCUCGGCUUACCAGAAUGCAGGCCAUUUGGAAUCCAGGGACGUCACCCCAGAAGAUCUGAAGGCUCUGGAGGAGGUAGAGAUAAAGCUGAAAAGGAAUUUCCUCUCUCACCGGGAAACCACCAUAGCUGGGGCCAACCAAACACACACCAUCUACGGCCAGAGUCGCCAUGGCCACCAGAACCGCCAAAGCCACCAGAUCCACCAAGGCUACCAAAGCAACCAGAAUCAUACUGUUCACUCCAGCCACCAGGGUCAUCAUCCAGGUCACGUGAACCACCAGGCUUUUCCAAGUCACUCCAGCCACCAGAGUCAUGUGGGCCACACAAACCACCAGGGUCAUCCAGCCCACUCCAGCCACCAGAGUCAUGUGGGCCACGCAAACCACCAGGGUCAUCCAGCCCACUCAAGCCACCAGAGUCACCAGGGUCAGCCGGGUCACCCAAGCCAUCAGAGCCAUAGCCUGCCUAACCGCAGCCACCAAAUCUAUGACUCUUGAAGCCGCUUAACCAUGCGCCCCUUCCCCCAGCAGGGCCGGCUCAUGGGCACAGCCCUGUUUUCUCUUCUAUGGGGAAACCUACGUGGUCAGGGUGCGAGACUGCUGUCCAAAUCCCUGCUACUUCUUACCCGGCAGAGGUCACGAAGGAGGGAGGGAGGGACGCAGCUCCAACAGCCCAAGGGCCCUGAAGACCCACGAGAGAAGACAUGAGGCAGAUUUCAGGAGCAGCCACAAGCCCCACACUGACUCCUCAUGCCUGAAGAGAGCCAAUAAAGCCCUGCAUGCCCUUACUCUGUGUCCAGGGGCUCUGUGGCCCGCCGAGUUCCGGGCGGGAUUGGAGGAGAGGGUGUGUCCCCAGCAGUUCUGUAAGCGGGCCUUGGCUGGAGACCUUCUCAUUGCACCAGACUUAUGACCAGCCAGUUUCCUCCAGGUCUCGGGUGAUAGGAUUAAGGUACCGCCAGAGACCUCAACCAUACCUGCCUAGUGUUGCCAGAGCAGAAUGCAACCAGGUGCUGGAGAAGAGGGGCCCAGGGACAGGCUUUCAGCAGACAGUAUGUCAGCCGGGGGUGGGGGGUGCACUUCGGCCCAUCUGUUUGGUGCCAUCUCAAGUCUCUAGGGUCUGUGGGGAUCCACGUGUCCAUAAGCAGUAAAGCUGUAUGAGACCCAACUGGGUGAUGUCACCGUUGUUUGAAUCGUGCCUGUGGCUACUGUAGCUGCUACCAAUAUUCAGACUACUUGCAGCUUCCACUGGUGUUUUAUGUUUAAUGUUUAUGUUUUUUAGCUCGGGCUGUCUUGGAACUCACCAUGUAAACCAGGCUAGCCUUGAACUCACAAACAUACGCCUGCCUCUGCCUCCCGAGUGCUCUGCUGUGUUUUGUUUUGUUUUAAGUAGAUGUUUAGCUUUUGUUAAACCACAGCCGUAAGGAAUGUAUUCUCUGUUAUAAAUAAGAUCCCCAAGGUUCAGAGAUAAACUCCCCCGAGAUGAUGUAGUAAGAAAUCUUAGAUCAAGCUUGUCCCCCAGUCCCACAGUCCCUGAUGUCCAUCCAAUGCUUGUCUCCCUGUCCUCUUCAGCUCACACACUGUGCCUCCUCUGUCCUCCCACAAGCUUGGCUUCCUCCCUAUGUCUGGCUUCUGGGCCUCAAUGAGUAAGAAAUGAGACUCUCCUCCCGAAUCAAGCAACCACUUGUGUGACUCUUUAGACAGGUCCACAAGUCACUGCCUAACACCAAGUAAAUCUUCGACAUAGACUUGAAUCUGUUUCAGAUUUACCAGGGGUCACCACUUGGUGAGCCUUAGACCCCUGGAGCUAAUCACUGAAGAUAGCCAAGUUCAUAAACACUGUAAAUGGGGUCGGUUGGUUUCAUGGAGUUCAGAUGGGAAGUAUUAUUUUUAUUUUCUGGACAUUACUAGUUUGAAUUCGCAUGAAUUACAUUUUAAAUUUUUAAAAUUUGCUGUUGGCAUAUGAUAUGUAGGUGUGGAGAUGAGAGGGCAGUUUUCUAGAGUCAUUUCUUCCUGGUUUACAUGGGCUCCAGGGAUUUAACUCAGGCUUUCAUCAUCAAGGCAAUGAUGGCAAGAGCUUUUCACCACCACGGAACCAUCUCAACUGCCCCAAAUGUAUAUGAAAUUUUAUUUACAUAAUUUUCAGCAGAAUAAAUGUAAACUUAUGAAAACUGAAAAGGAAUUUCUUUGAGUGGGAGGGGUUCCAUAGGAGGAAUGCCCUAUAAUUGCACUUUUGUUGUUGUUUUUUGUAUUUUUUCAAGACAGAGUUGCUGUGUGUAGCCUUGGCUGUCCUGAACUUGCUGUGUAGACCAGGCUGGCCUCGAACUCACAGAGAUCCACCUGCCUCCCCUAGAGCUGGGAUUUCAGGCGUGUGCCACUGAGCCCAGCUAAUUGCAUAUUUUAAAUAUUUCAUAAAAUUUUAUAAUGAGGAGGCAGAGACAGGUGGAUCCUUGGGGCUCUCUGGUUAGUUAGCGUGAUUUAGUUAGGGUGCUCCAGGCUAGGCAAAGACUAUCUGAGAAACAGGUUGGACAGAAACAACUGAGAUUGUCCUUUGGCCGCCACAAGGACACAUAUAAAGUCUACACCCCCCCCCAACACACGUGCACCUAUAUAUGCACAGACACAAAUACAAUUUAUUUGAGAAAAAAAAAAAAAAAGGUCAAUCACAGGGGAAAGUAUUGGAGGGUGAAAACUUGACUAAAAAGCAUGAGAGCGGUUGGGAAUCAUGGCACACACCUUUAAUCUCAGCACUCGGGAGGCAAAGGCAGGUGGAUCUCUGAGCUCAAGGCCAGCCUGGUCUACAAAGCCAGUCCAGGACAGCCAAGGCUACACAGAGAAACCCUGCCUCAGGAAAAAAAAAUGACUUCUCUGCAUGGCUCUGCAGUCCUGGAACUUGCUCUGUAGACCAGGCUAGUCUCCAACUAAGAUAUAGAAUGUCAUUUUAUACAACUAAUUCUCAACACCAGUCUCAGUGACUCUGUAUUGAUGAGCAGGGCCCCUGUCCUUGAUUAAGUGAUUCCAGGCCAGGCAAGAGGAGCACACAGUAGGGCAUCAAGAAGCUGUGGGCUGCAGGGCCCAGAGGAACAGGGAUUGGAGGCACUUGACAGCUCUCAGAGUUUGAGGGAUCUCUGCUGAGGUCAAUACAAAAAGUCAUACCAGGAAGUGCUGUUCAGAGGCAGGAGAAUGGCAGUGUCUUAUGGAUGGGGAGAACCCGGACAGAUUUGCUUUUGGGAUUCUUAGGAAUCUAACUAGGGCCUUACACAAACCAAGCAAGUGGUCUCCAAGACAACCCCAGUCUUGAUGGACAGGGAACAUUAGGAGAUGGGUGAAGGGUGAGGAGAAAGCCAGACAAUGGCUUUGAGCAAUGGACUUGGAGCAAAGGAGGACUUUGGAGUUCAUCUGCCCUCAUCUUGCAGAAGAGGCCAGGAUGAGAAAGCUUGCCUGGUCCCUUGGAGUGAUUGAAGGGCUCCGAAGAACCUCUUUGCAGGUGACCACAACGACAAGGAAGGGAAGCUCAGAGGAGAAAGGCUCAGAGGCCAGAGACCCACAGAUGGGCCCUUGCGUGGCACCUUAGAGGAGGAAGCCAUGGUGAGGCAUCAAGGGGCCAUAACAGUACCCAGGGAUGCCCCUCCUGAGACACUGUACCUCCUUUUGGCCACAGUAAAUCACCCCAUGCAGCCCCAGCCCCACUCAGCACCUUUCUCAGGCCUCCCGGACCUGAGCAGCUUCGGGGGCGGCAGGUGAGAAGUGCUCCCCUCUGGCCCGGCCACACCCUUGCUUUAAGUGAGCUUUAAAGGUAUGAAAGGAUUGUCCCUGACCUCCAUUAAUCAUGAGGCCCUAGUACAGGUACUUUACAAAGAGUAUCUCAUUUUAACUUCAUUGUUUGAGAAAAAUACCAGUAUAUCCAUUUUUUUUUUCAGUUAAGGAAGCUUAAGCUAUGCCAUUUUCUUUUCUCUCUUUUUAAAAAAUAUAUUUUAAUUUGUAUGUGUUUGUGUAUGUAUGUCUGCCCUCUCUCUUUUGUGUGUGUGUGUGUGUGUCUAUGUGUGUGUGUUUGUGUCUAUGUAUAGACCAGAAGAAGGCACUGGAUUCCCCUAGAGGUGAAAUCACGGGCAGUCAUGUACUACCCACUUGACACCUGGGAACUGAACUUGGGUCCUCAGGAAGAGCAGCAAGAAUUGAGCCAUCUCUCCAAACUCCCCGCCCCCUUCUCUUUGUUUAUAUAUCCCAGCCUGGCCUUGUAUUCAUAAUCUUCCUGCCUUGGGGGCCUGGGUGCUAGGGUUAUAGGUGUGUGCCUCCAUCCCUGUUGGUUAAGCCAUUUUCUCAAGACCUCAGUUGGUGAGAAGGCCAUGCUGAGAGCUGGUCCCUGGUUUUUCUGUUUUGUUUGUUUGAUUUUGGUUUUUUCGAGACAGGGCUUCUCUGUGUAGCCCUGGCGCUCCUGGCUCAAUUUGUAGACCAGGCUGGCCUUGAACUCACAGAGAUCUGCCUGCCUCUGCCUCACCAAGUACUGGGAUCAAAGGCUUGCACAACUACCACUGGCUGUCCUGGUUUUUCUGACUUAAAGUCUGUGCCCCAACAAUCCUACCGACUGCUCUGCCGCUGCUCUCCUCACCCUUGGUGUGUAGGGUCUUUUAUUUUGAGCCUCUUUAGAUCGAUGCAAAUGUAUCGGGCCUGUGAUUGGACAUGCAGCCAGGCUGAAGGAGGCGCUUUUUGAUAAUUCCAGACAUCAAAGUACUUUCUGGGACAAUUUUUUAGCUGAGCCUUUAAAACAACUUUGUAAUGUAGGGCUGAAAUGACUUGUCAAUUCAUAGGAAAGAAGAUGGAGACUUGGAGGUGUGACAACUUCCCAGUCUGCAUGCCUUGGGGGCCAGGCAUAGGUCUAGUUCCUGAUUCCAGAGGCAUCCAGGUGAGAGUGUGAGGCUGUGCCACAGGAGACAGGAAUACGGGGCCUGCUGCUGCCUCCCAGGGCACCAGUCCUAUACAGUCCCGCUUUGAGAUGCACCCAAGAAGCCCAAGGGCUUCUGGAACUGACUACCAGAGGAAGAGUGACUUGAGAGUGACCGUGGCUGUGUUAGGGAUCAUAGUAUAAGCCUGCCCAGCUUGAGGUAGCAGAUAAUGGCAACAACUAAAUACAAGUGGUAAGACUGCAGUCUUGAAAUAGUUGAGGGUUGGUUCAGUGUUGGCUAAAUGGAACCCUUAACCAGGACAAGCAGAUUCUUCAAAGGGGACGGGACAGUGAAGCCUCACAUAGCAAAACAAGGAGGCUCUACCUUCCCAGUCCCGAGGAACUGACCCUGAGGUGACAGGAUCUAGCUGAGGCCAAACACUAUUUGUUUCAACAAGUACCUAACGCCCCAUGGGAGGGCUCCUUGGCAGCCCUCUCAGUGGAGCCUAACACUUCCAUGAACAACGUGGAAAAGGUGUGUGGUAUGAAGUUGAGUGGACAUCACGCUGUGUCCCCUGAAGGGUGACUCACAGGAACACUCUCUCUUGGUCUCAGUGCCAGGAAACUCUGUGUUUCUCUGGGCAGCUGCAUAUCUGUCAACGAUCACAUUUCCCUUUUAGCAGCGACUGCUGGGAAGCCCCAUUAAAUUUAGGGCUUAUCACACAGCUGUAUGGCAUGGAUUUGGUAAGCUAAUUUGGUAUACAGCUCCCAGCUUUAUGGGCUUUUUCUUCUCCCAAAUACCUAUUUAUUUAAAAUCCUAGUUACAGCCGGGAGAGGUGGUACACGCUGCACGCCUGUAAUCCCAGCACUCUGGGAGGCAGAGGCAGGUAAGAUCUCUGUGAGUUCAAGGCCAGCCUGGUCUAUAGAGUGAGUCCAGGAGAAAGCCUGUCUUGAAAAACCAAAAAUAAAUAAAUAAAUAAUAAAAAUAAAAUAAAAAAUCCUAGUGUCCUGUAAUUGUACAGUACUUUUUAUUGUUUGUUUGAGACAGGGUCUCCCAUAUCCCCCAGGUUGGCCCUAAACUCUCGAUUCUCUAUUUUGCACCUCCUGAGUGCUAGGAUUACAGACACAGUGGGAUUUUGUUUUUGUUUGUUUGGUCUUGUUUUGGUUUGUUUAUUUUUACAGAAGGUUUUAGUUACCUUUCCUGACACUGAUGAAAAACCCUGACAGAAAGAAAGAAAGAAAGAAAGAAAGAAAGAGAAAAGGA